AUGGACACCUCCAUAAUGUUUUUUGUAGAAUCGUUCCAUUUGCAUGGAUUUCUCAUCCGUGAAAAGAGCGUCCCAAAGAGUUUGUGGCUGUGGUGCCUCACGUUGCUCUCCAUCACCUGGAGUCAAGCAGUCAUCGUCAUUUGCAGGAAGUCCGAAACGGAAUUCUGUAUGUUCCACUUCGAGCAUAUUGGACACGUUGAGGAAGAGCAACUGAAAUCAAGAAGAUAUUACCGUAAAACCUCUAAUAGAGGUACCCCAGUAGCAAGAGUUUGGUGCACAAUAUCCCAAAUGCCUUAA